AUGGACUCCCUAAAAAGCGUGCGAGACAAAAUCCCCAACGCGCUACACCUUUACUCCGACUUCAUUCUCAAAAACCAAUCUUCCGUUACCCAAAUCGAAUCAGCCCUACGCUCUCUCACAUAUAUAAUUCCCGGUCGCUUUCGCGAUGCCGAACUCGCAUCUGAAUCGAUACAUUCUUCCAUCCAACUACUUUCCCUCUACCAUGAUACACUUCUCUCGCGCGCUCUCGCCAAACUCCCGGGAAUGCCCAGACAAAAUGCGCAUAAUCGAUAUACCAAGUAUUGGGUCAAGGGUAAUCGGAUGUAUAGACGUAUCGCCAUGUUACUGAGUAUGAUACAGUAUACCGAGCUAUUAUGGGAGAUGAUGGCGAAGAGAAAGGGAGAGAAAAUCAAGUGGAGGGUGGUAGUUUUUCUAGAACUCAUCAAGGCAAUUUGUAAAUUGUUUCUUCUGAGAAUCACCAAAGGACGACCACUCGUUACACCACCCCUUCCAGAACGCGAUAUCAUACCCGAAGAAUCACUUACGGAAAACGAGGAAAUCCCCCCUUGGCUCGACACGGACGAUAUACCAACCAUGCGAGAAGAGGAUAAACGCCGCAAGAACCGCGAGGGAAAAGAAUAUAAAUUAAAAAGAACAGGCCUCACGUUACCAACGCUCCCCAAUUCCAGCGAUAUCUCCAACUAUCUCCUCUCCAAAGUGCUCGUCGCUGACGACAUCAAAGCGCCCAUCUCCCUCCUCAACCCCCUUACCCUCCCAUCCCAAUACGCCGAAUACAUGCACAUUCUCCAACCCGUCAUCUACGCCAUUGCCCUCUCGCACUACCGCCAGAACCCCAAGUCCUGGAAACCAUGGGCCAUCGGCCUCAGCAUCGAAUAUGCGGCGCGCCAACUCCGCUCUGAGAACUACAGGACCACGCCCCUCGAAAAAGAACAGUGGAAUAAGAGGGGUUGGGCAAUGGGAUGGUGGGCAUUGCGAGGCGCGUUUUAUGAAAAUGUUACGAAGGGCUGGUUGCAUAGAACGAGUAACAGACUGCCGAGUUUGGUGGGGGGUGUGGUGGAGGAUUAUUUAUGGUUGUGGGAUGAGUAUUAUUUUAGUACAAGUCAGGAUUAG